CUCUAGUUUAUCCUGCAACUUCAGGCAGUAUCCCACUUAAAUCAUCCCAGGUAAUAGAGAAGAAGAAACGUAACCAAUGACUCUGGAAUAAUAUGGAUGAAGAUGGAAAAAACUUAUUUAAAGGGUUAACAGAGUGGAGACUUCUAUAAGACAUGGAUAGAUGCAAACAUGUAGGGCGGUUACGACUGGCCCAGGACCACUCCAUCCUGAACCCUCAGAAAUGGUCCUGCAUAGUGUGCUCCACCACGGAGUCCGUAUGGGCUUGUCUGAAGUGCUCCCACGUGGCCUGCGGUCGGUACAUUGAGGACCAUGCACUUAAACACUUUGAAGAGACUGGACACCCGCUAGCCAUGGAAGUCCGGGAUCUCUACGUGUUCUGUUACCUGUGCAAGGACUACGUGCUCAAUGAUAACCCGGAGGGGGACCUGAAGCUGCUGAGAAGCUCCCUCUUGGCGGUCAGGGGCCAGAAGCAGGACGAGCUGGUGAGACGCGGGCGGUCGCUGCGGUCCAUGGCUUCCGGCGACGACCUGGUCCAGCCGCAGUGCACUCCUCAGGGACAGCCGCAGAUGCUGACGGCUCUGUGGUACCGGCGCCAGCGCCUACUGGCCAAGACGCUGCGGAUCUGGUUCGAGAAGAGCUCCCGGGGCCAGGCGAAGUUGGAGGAACAGCGGCAGAAGGAGGCCCUGGAGCGCAAGAAGGAGGAGGCGCGGCUGCGGCGGCGCGAAGUGAAGCGGCGGCUGCUGGAGGAGCUGACCAGCGCCCCUCCGCGCAAAAGCGCACGGCUGCUCCUGCACGCGUCCCGAGACGUGGCCAAGGCCGAGAGACGCCCGGCCACCCUCCCUACCUCAAGGAAAGCAUCGAGCGGUCAAUUCAAGCAGCGCGGCAAGCCAGCCAUGACCCGAGGCGUCACGGGCCUCCGGAACCUGGGGAACACCUGCUACAUGAACUCCAUCCUCCAGGUCCUCAGCCACCUCCAGAAGUUCCGAGAAUGUUUUUUGAAUCUGGACCCGUCCAAAACGGAACAAUUGUUUCCCAAAGCGACCAAUGGGAAGGCUCCGCUCUCUGACAAGCCAGCCAGCAGCUCUGCCUCUGAAGUGCCCGCGAGGAGCGACAGGGUUGAGUGGUGUGACCCAGAGGGCCUCUGCUUGAACGGCGGGGCCUCCAUCAACAGAAGCCUAGAACUCAUCCAGAACAAAGAGCCGAACUCAAAGCACAUCUCCCUCUGUCACGAACUGCACACCCUUUUCCGAGUCAUGUGGUCCGGGAAGUGGGCCCUGGUGUCGCCCUUUGCCAUGCUUCACUCGGUGUGGAGCCUGAUCCCUGCCUUCCGCGGCUACGACCAGCAGGACGCACAGGAAUUUCUCUGUGAGCUGCUGCACAAAGUGCAGCAGGAGCUCGAGUCGGAAGGGACCACCCACCGGUUCCUUAUCCCCUUCUCCCAGAGGAAGCUCACCAAACAGGUCUUAAAGGUGGUGAAUACCAUAUUUCAUGGGCAGCUACUCAGUCAGGUCACAUGUAUAUCAUGCAAUUACAAAUCCAAUACCAUUGAGCCCUUUUGGGAUCUGUCCCUGGAAUUUCCUGAACGCUAUCACUGCAUAGAAAAGGGGUUUGUCCCUUUGAAUCAGAAUGAAUGCCUGCUCACUGAGAUGCUGGCCAAGUUCACAGAGACAGAGGCCCUGGAAGGGAGAAUCUAUGCUUGUGACCAGUGUAACAGCAAACGACGAAAAUCCAAUCCAAAACCCCUUGUUCUGAGUGAAGCUAGAAAGCAGUUAAUGAUCUACAGACUACCUCAGGUCCUCCGGCUGCACCUUAAAAGAUUCAGGUGGUCUGGCCGUAAUCAUCGAGAGAAGAUUGGGGUCCAUGUCGUCUUUGACCAGGUAUUAACCAUGGAACCUUACUGCUGCAGGGACAUGCUCUCCUCUCUUGACAAAGAGACCUUUGCCUAUGAUCUCUCCGCAGUGGUCAUGCAUCACGGGAAAGGGUUUGGCUCAGGACACUAUACAGCCUAUUGCUACAACACAGAGGGAGGUUUUUGGGUUCACUGCAAUGACUCAAAGCUGAAUGUAUGCAGUGUGGAGGAAGUGUGCAAAACCCAGGCCUACAUCCUUUUUUAUACUCAAAGAACAGUGCAGGGCAAUGCAAGACUUUCAGAAACCCAAGCUCAGGUGAAGUCCAGCAACGUCAAUGAAGGCAGACCACGGACAUUCCCCUGAAUGGGAGGCAUGUAUCAAGGACUGGCUUGUUUUAAAACUACUGGUGUCCAAACAUCUUUCCUCUUGUAGGAAAUAAGGCUUACUGCAGGAACAUAUUACUAGGUUUGCCUUAGUGAAUCUAGAGUAGAAGGUGCCAGGUGCCUAUCAUAAAAGUUGUCACUUUCUUUUGAAUGGAUUUGGAAACCCCCUCCUUUCAUAAAAAAAGAAAAUCAAAAGGAUUUUUUUCUAUGAAGAUUCAUCAGUUGCUACUGAAUAUAGAGGGAGCUGGGUAGAGUAAAGAGGGAGUAAAUUGACCAUAUCCAGGCAGGAGAGAAUCUGCCUUUUCUCUGCAUUACAUGAUUCCCCUCCUGGUCAGAACCUCCUGGCAGCAUGAGAAGAACUGUCAGAUGUGAGCAGUCCUGGACAGAGCUGACACGGAGAGGCCCACGGCUGGCAAUUUGCUGGGGGAUUGAGGGAGGUGAAGUCUAAGGAUUUGUUCCCACAAAGGAAGUAACCUGAAAGGAAUGAAAACUUGCACACUUCCUUUUUUAGGGGAUAGCAGUUAAAGAAUGGAGAGAUGCAUGGAACCCAAUUCUUGUCUAAAAUGGGAGGUUUUUCAAGUGUCAUACCUUCCCUGGCUAUUGCUGCCAUUUAAUCACUCCUUCUGAGACUGGUAUGAAUAUCCCUUCAUUCUGUAGAAGGGACAGUUCAUAUGGGGAAGCAAUAGACUAGUGCCCAUUAUUUGUUGCAUGCUGGGUCAAAGGGCACUCCUGGCACCUAUCCCAGAUCUGAAACAAAUCCUGGUUCAGGUAUAGACCAAGCACAUGGUGUGGUUUAAAUUGGUCCUUGGGUCAGCUGUCUUGAGGCUUUCUCAGAACUCAUUUUGGGGGUGGGCAGAGUUUAUCUGAAUGCCUGUCACCUGUUCUUGAGAUGAUGCAACAUGCAGCUUAGUCUACAGUUUCUUUCCUUAGGGCAUGGGAAUUGCUUAGGAAUCUGCCACUUACAUGUCUGAACAGUUUAUUGUUUAUGGCCCUGGCCUCCUUCCACCCAAAUCUGAAAAUCCCCUUGUGUCUUGACCCACCCACGCCCUGUCCAACCCCAGUGCUAAUAGAAUAUACCUUUUUUUAAAAAUUGGGUCAGUUUCUAAAUGGAAUGAAAUUACCCAGAUGGAAAACUUCCUCCCCAUCAGGCACCACUGAGUUUACCUUCUCAAUCCUUCCAGACUCCCCAGUGAAAGUGCAUAGCAAACAGUGACACUCAUUGUGGCGGUUGCUGCCCUGAGCCUCAUCCUGUCACGGUGAAUGCUCAUUUUUUGAGUAUAUCAUAUUCACAUUUGAAUUCAGGUAGAAGUACUAUUGUCAGUUGAAGGGAGUAGUGGAAGGGAGUUUGGGGAGGGGAGGGGAAUGGGAAAAGAGGCGAAACAAUGAAGAUAACAGCUUUGACUACGCUGUUGAGCCACAUUUCCCAAGCAGAUCUGUAGCAUUUGCUUUUGACCUCUUUUGAAAUGAACUCUCCCAUAGGCCCUGAAAAAGGAGAAAAUUAAAACAGAAAAUGGCUUACCCUGAUAGGGAAGAGGGGAGUGACUAUAUUUUAAAUUAAACUUGCUUUUUCCAACACUGUGAGGUUUCUGUAAUAUUUAGCUUUUAUUUGGAAGCAAUAGCGUAUGGCAUUUUUUAUGCUGUCUGGUGUAUAUCUCGUCUACUGCAGGCUUCUGUGUACAGGCUUUGCCCCAGGCUCACCCUCUUUUGCACACUGUUUUAAAGUGUCACAGCUGCCCAUGCUAUGCUGCCAGAGGCUCUGAUGUGAAGUUGUACUCUCUAGAUCCACAGUUUAAGGCAGCACGUUUGGUGAUGACUUUUUCUGGUGACAGAAAAUCCCAUUAACUCAAAAAACUAAGGAGAGUAAAAGGGAGGAAAAUAGAAAUUAUGCCUCAUCUUUCAUUGAAUCCUAUAUUUACUAUUCUAGAAAAAAGAGAACUUAUGAGAUGGAAAAGAACUAAUAGAGCGUCUACUUCAUCCCUCAGACUGUCCAGGGGAAAACAGUUAUUAAUAAAAAUAAAUAUUUAAUGGAAAAUUAAAAGAUGUUCAGAUUUAAUCUUUAAAUAUAGUUAUACCAACAAUUCUAAGGAUUAUUAAGCAGGUUUAGGACUGUGUAAAAUAAGUGCUUAACUUAGCUGAGCACCCAUGCAUCAAAUGAGUAAGAUCAUUUAAAAUGAGUUGGACUAGAAACAAUAUCCGAUUCCCCCCUGAGCCACCCACUCGUGAAGGUGCCAAUGCAAUUCUGGGUGCCACUCAGGUACCUAGAGGCAUCAGCACUAGUUGCUGCUGAGAAGUUAAUAUUUAAGGGAAUUUUGAUUACAGAGUUCCCUGCUAUGUAUGCUGGUGGCUAUUAUGAGGGAAAUAUCCCUUUGCCUUUGAUAUAUUUACAUUUUGGAAGUAGAUGAAUUUUUCAGUUGCAUCUCACUUAAAAUCGAAACAUUCUAAAGAGAAGAAAAUAAGAACCAGGGAGAGGUUGACUAGAUGCUGCCAAAUCAAACUUAAGAUCUCAAGAUUUCCUAACUGUAACCUUACGAGCCUGCUUCUUUCCCAGGGCAAGUAGUUAAUGAGUCCUGUUCCAGGAACCCUUUGUAUUUGGCUGGCAUGUUUACUUUGUGCUGUAGCCAGCCCAGAUGAAUGCACCCUGGCCCUCAAAAAGAAUUUUUACCUCAUUCUAGCCUGACCCUCAUACUUGUGGUUGCUUCUGAGAUGAGCAUUCAUUCUAGUGUAAAAAAAAAUAUAUAUGUUAGGAAUGCCCUUAGCAGCCAGGCAGAGCUCUUGCCAGCUUUGAUCCAGUCCCUCUCAGGCUGAGGGGGGCAGUGCCACACUGUAAAGAAUUUCCAGAUGUCUCUUUAAAUGUCAUGAAUAAAAUUGAAAGCUGUAGAAGUGUUAAUGUGUCCUAUGGACUCAAUAGCAGAGUUUAUUUUUGUUUUAAUGGCAAGGCUUCUAGAGUCAGUGAGUGUAUGAGUUCCCUACUCUGGUUAUGCUUACAGCUCCAUUCAAGUGCAAAGGAAGAACCAUUGGGGUGGGUUGGCUGGCAGUGGAGCACAACCUUGACCUUGCCCCAGUGUAAGCCCAUGAGAGGUCCACAGUAGUGCAGAAUGAGAACUUGGUUGGGGGGU